AUGGAGGAUCCCAGGACCUCGGCACCUCCGCCCAAUUCCAUCAGCUUCAACGUCGGCAUCAGCGCCUGUGAGCAAGGUUCCCGCUGGCUCCUGGCCCUCGAGCUGCUGGACACCAUGGAGGCUGGGCGACUUCGCGUCGACGUUGUGGCCGCCUCGGCCGCGCUGGCGGCGCUGGGGGCCGCGGGUAUGGUCCACAGGGCCAAGCGUCUUUUUCGGAAGGCCCGUUGGAGUCAGAUCGACCCCAACGCGGUCAGCUUCGGAUCCAUGAUCUCAGCCUGUGAGAAGUCCAGCGAUUGGCGUGGCAGCCUGGACUAUCUACGCGCUUCCUGGAUCCAGCGUCUCGCCGAUGAGUCUUGCCACAACGCAGCCCUGGCAGCUUGUUCCCGCGCCGUCGGUGGCGAGGCCGACCGCGUCGCAACGCGGGCAGAAGCGGACAAAACGGCUGCACCCUCCAGGGGCAAGCUCUUGGAGCUUUUGGUUCCUCAACCCUAA